UUGCAAGAUGGCGGAGAGUGCGGAAUUGAAGCAAAUGGUGAUGAGCCUGCGCGUUUCAGAGCUGCAGGUUCUGCUAGGUUACGCGGGCCGCAACAAACACGGUCGAAAACAUGAGCUGUUAACCAUGGCCUUGCAUCUCCUGAAAGCCGGCUGCAGCCCCGCCGUGCAGAUGAAAAUCAAGGAGCUGUACUGCAGACGCUUCCCCACCAAGAUGGGCUCUCCCUCAGAGCUGGUCCUGCCCGGACCACACUACCCUGCCUCGGGAGGAGGGGGCACCGCCGCCCUACCUGCCGGCCUCAGCCAGCUGGCGUAUGAGGGCCACGGGCAUGGGGGAGUACCCUCGCCGGCUGCCCUGCUGCCCAUCUCGUUGCUGGGGCCUGGCAAGCAUGAGCUCAGCGGGCUGGCGCACCACCUGCCCACCUCGGCCACCCUGCAUCCGGUGCACCCAGACGUCAAGCUGCAGAGGCUGCCCUUUUACGAUAUGCUGGACGAGCUCAUCAAACCCACCAGUCUAGGUAAGGGUGUCUGUGGGUGGCUGGUGUCUGUCUGUGGGUGGCUGGUGUCUGUCUGUGGGUGGCUGGUGUCUGUCUGUGGGUGGCUGGUGUCUGUCUGUGGGUGGCUGGUGUCUGUCUGUGGGUGGCUGGUGUCUGUCUGUGGGUGGCUGGUGGUCUGUGGGUGGCUGGUGUCUGUCUGUGGGUGGCUGGUGUCUGUCUGUGGGUGGCUGGUGUCUGUCUGUGGGUGGCUGGUGUCUGUGGGUGGCUGGUGUCUGUGGAUUGGUAUGUGUAGUGUUGCAAAACUACCUCUUCUGACUAUUGACCCUUUUCACAACUUCAUGGUUGUUUGAUCAAUUGGACUGAUCAAUGUAAGAAGCCUCGCGGAUUUUGGUGAAUUCUUUCUACUGAUCCAAAGUCACGCUGUUGCUACUGCCUGUAAACACACAGUCCAGUUCAAAGUUGCAAGGUUGCAAGUUCAAACCCCCGACCUGACAAGGUACAAAUCUGUCGUUCUGCCCCUGAACAGGCAGUUAACCCA